GAACCUCCUCCCCCGGUCACAAUAACUCCAGGAUCCUGCAGAUAAGAUGGCCGACGAGAAAAGAUUGUCUGCGAGGCGUAAGCAUACUCUGAAAGGAUGCAUGCUGCUGGUGGCGACAAAUUUGUUGGACGCUGAAUCCCACGUGAAGGUUGGAGAGAGGGAGAAGUUCCUAGAAGAUAAAGUUCCUCCUCUGGAGGUGCCGUACUCCAAGGACGAGCUCAUGGAACUUUGCCAGAAACUCCACGAGCAGAUUGAUAUCAGUGAGGAGGAGAGAUACAGCAUCGAGUUCAAACUGAACAUGGUGCUCAAUGAGGUCCGAGACCUCAACAUCAAGAUUGUGGAUCUGAGAGGAAAGUUCAAGAGACCCCGUCUGAAGAAAGUCCGCAUGUCUGCUGACGCCAUGUUGAAGGCUCUGCUGGGCUCCAAGCACACGGUCAACAUGGACCUGAGGGCCAACCUGAAGCAGGUCAAGAAGGAGGUCAAGGAGGAGGACAAGCAGCUGCGCGAUGUGGGCGACUGGCGUAAGAACAUUGAAGACAAGUCCGAUAGGAAGAAGAUGUUUGACAGUUAAAUGUGAUCCGCCGUUGAUUGUUUGGCUUAAACGCUUUUCAGGAUAGAAAUCAGUUCAAUGUCUUUGUAACGGAAGAGUUUUAUUCCAAAAUGGUGCAGAUCCACGUGAACCUCUGACGUUUAUUAUCUGCUGUGGAAGGUUGUACGGAUGCACGAUGUGAAUACCUUGUGGAUACCGAAGGUACACAUCCGACAACGAUUGUGUUUAAAGCUUCUUGUGUGGUUCAGUAAGUGAUGAGCGAUAACCUCCACAGUUGGUUUGCAGGAUUUUAAGUGAUUAUAGAGCAAAUAUGAAAUUAUAUUCAACCGUACUUUUUAUUUUAAGUUUUCUCACAAAUGAAUAAAAGUAUUUUUUAUCCCAAGCAGGAGUUCAGUUACACAGCUUUUACUUUCCAAAUGUAAAACCUGUAAUAAUGUAAAGUAGAUGAAGCAGGUUUCGGGUAGUUUUUGGAAUAAAACUCUUCCGUUGAAUAAAUUCCUUCUGCUUUUGCCUGCGUUGACAGCGUACUGUGGUGUAUUUGUACUGUAUGUACUGACGUCAGUAUUAGUACAUGAGCGGUGAAUCAAACCUGCUUUUGUUCUCUGGAGGCUGAUUUAUGCUUCUGCAGCUAAAUAUUGAUGAAAAACAAAAAAUAAACGUGAGAUUUUAAUCUAAAAUCCAGAAAUUGAAUUAAACAGUAUUUUGUGUUGGUGCUACAUCCUGAGAAGAUUUUCAUCUUUAAGUUUAUUUGAAACUCAUAUUAUUUAUUUAUUUAUUCCAAAGUAAUGACAUCAUGCACACAAUAUAUCUAUUCUCAAUUAAAAAAUAAAACUAGUACCACAUGAAUCGGUGUCCAGUCGUGUUAGAUUCACUGCCCAGUGACGUUCACCAUUGCGUUAGCCGUUGCGUUAGCCUGACGAGCCAACGGUCAGUAAAGGAUGAAAUAUAGCAGAAGUAUAAUUCAGCCUUCGUCUGUACUAAACAACAUCAUGCCAUCUUUUCUAAACUGUUCAAUCAGAAG